AUGCUUAAUGGUGCUGUCAUUUUCUGGUUGUCUUACCACGAUAACAACUCCACGUCCCUUAUCUGGCUAUGUCACACCAUCAAAAACUGUAAGAUUUACGAAGAUACAUGGAAUCAUAUCACCAACAGCAUUUCUACUGUGGCACAUGAUACUUACAAGAAAUUCAAAUGUCAUGUCAAGAGUAUUCUUACUCCAUACCCCUCCCUUACACCCCUAAAAAAUCUAAGAGAUGAUAACAUUAUUAUUAUCACAAAGCCAGAUAAGGGACGUGGAGUUGUUAUCCUAAACAGAGAUGACUAUUUUAGUAAACUAAACACGAUACUUGGUGAUUCCUCCAAAUUUAAUCCAAUCAUGUCUGACACUGCCACUUAUCUACUGAAAUUAGAAGAUAAACUAAACAGACUCUUACGCUCGAUAAGAACAUCUAUCGGCGAAAUGACUUAUAACCUCCUGACUAUAUCUGGCUCAAAACUUGGUCGCUUAUAUGGCCUUCCUAAAAUUCAUAAAAUUGGUCAGCCUUUACGCCCCAUCAUUUCUGCCAUUGGUACUUUCAAUUACAAUGUUGCAAAAUUCUUAGUUCAAAUAAUAACCCCUCUAACCACCAAUGAAUAUACCAUAGAAAACUCCUUCUCUUUCAUCAAAGAAAUUAGUGACCUUAAACCACUACGGCCUGUCACAAUGGCCAGUUUUGACAUAGAGUCGUUAUUCGCUAAUGUUCCCCUCAAUGAAACCACUGACAUAAUUUUAAACAAAACUGCCUCCUCACUCUUAAACUCGUAUGGCCUGAGCAAGACGACAUACAGGAAAUUACUGGAUAUAGCCGCACACACCUCGGUAUUUACCUUCAAUGGCUCUAUUUACACACAGGUACACGGUGUAGCAAUGAGAUCACCACUUGGCCCUUGUUAUGCCAAUACUUUCCUUUACCAUCAUGAACAAACAUGGCUGAAUGACUGCCCUGCUAAUUUCAAACCUAUUUUAUAUCGCCGUUAUAUGUACUAUACUUUUUUACUCUUUGACGACCCCUCUCACAUUAAUCCUUUCCUCUCAUUCUUGAACUCACAACACCCAAAUAUAAAUUUCACCUGUGAGAUUGAACAAAAUAACAAACUAUCAUUUCUUGACACUUCCAUAACUUUUCAUAACUAUUGUUUCUACACCAGUACCUACAGGAAACUCACAUUUACUGGCCUUGGGCUUCAUUACCCCAGCUACAUUCCUCACAUUUACAAGUUAAACAGCCUCACAACACUUAUCAACCAAACUUAUAACAUUUGUUCAACUUGGGCUAGUUUCCAUGAUGAAGCUUCAUUCUUAAAAGAAUAUUUUACUACAAAUGGGUAUCCAUCUUACCUAUUUUAUAAAGCCCUACGCAAAUUUCUAAGUCAGAAAUUCAACCCCAAACCUGCAUCUGCCACAGCAGAGAAGCAGAGCAACUACAUGGCUACAGCAUCCGCGACUUGCCGAGACGCGUCCCUCGAGCAUCCUCUGGACGCGGCAACAGGAAUGCCAACCGCUGCCUCCUUCGUCAGAAAAUGGCCGUUAUCAGUCCUAGCUGUUGCAAGAGUAUUGAAGGUCAAUGACAAGCCUCAGCGAGAGCUUGAUGCACGUCAAUCCUUUGCCGAUCGUUAA